AUGUCGAAGCGACAGCCUGCGAAUCGGGCAAAUGCGGCAGAGAAGCGUCGGCGAGAGGGUCCUACAAAGACCGAGGGAGAUGUGUCCAUGCCUGCAGUGGCAGAGGCCGAGCACACACAGACGAUGCAGCUGACCACUGAGACCGUGCUCGAAACCUACGAUGUACAAAUGGAGGGAGCCAACUGUGUGCACGAAUGCGUCAGACCGGCGGAGCUCGCCGGACAGGGCAAAGCGCAACCGCCGGUCACGCCGGCCAAGACAUAUCCGUUUCAGCUGGACGUCUUCCAACAGGAGGCAGUGAACUGUCUCGAGAAUAAGGAAUCUGUCAUGGUCGCCGCGCACACGUCCGCUGGCAAGACAGUCGUUGCGGAAUAUGCCAUCGCCAUGGCGCUGCGAGACAAGCAGAGAAUUAUCUACACCUCACCCAUCAAAGCUUUGAGCAAUCAGAAGUACAGAGAUCUGCAGGAUGAGUUCAAGGAUGUUGGGCUCAUGACAGGAGAUGUGACAAUCAAUCCCCAUGCCUCCUGCAUGAUCAUGACUACCGAGAUCCUGAGGUCAAUGCUGUAUCGAGGCUCCGAUGUCUCGCGCGAAAUGGCUUGGGUUGUUUUCGACGAGGUGCAUUACAUGCGAGACCGAGAUAGAGGAGUUGUGUGGGAAGAAGCUAUGAUCUUGCUUCCUGACUCUGUUCGCUUGGUCUUUCUCUCUGCAACCAUCCCCAACGCCCGGGAGUUCGCAGAGUGGAUCUGCCGAAUCAAGCACCAGCCCUGCCACGUGAUUUACACAGACAAGCGUCCGGUGCCUCUGCAGCACUACCUCUUCCCUUCCGGCGGAGACGGGGUCUACAUGGUGGUGGAUGAGAAAGGCCAGUUCCGGGAGGACAACUUUCACAAGGCGGUCGGGGCCCUCCAGCAAGCUGCGGAUGCUCAAAAUGUGGAGACCAAGAAGAAGUUGGCGAAGCGGGGGAAGUCGAACCUCGGAGACCUCGAGAAGAUCGUGCGGAUGUGCAGCGACCGGGGGUACCUACCCCUGAUUGUGUUCUCUUUCAGCCGGAAGGAGUGUGAGGCCAACGCUGUAGCCUUGAAGCGGAUGGAUGUCACUGACGACGACGAGAAGAAGCUCAUCGACGAGGUGUUCAACAAUGCAAUCAUGACACUGGGUGACGAGGACAGGGAGCUCCCUCAGGUGCAGAGUAUGCUGCCCUUGCUGCGAAGGGGGUUGGGAAUCCAUCACGGCGGCCUGCUCCCAAUGUUGAAAGAGGUGGUGGAGAUUCUUUUCCAGGAGUCUCUCAUCAAAGUCCUUUUCUCUACGGAGACCUUUGCCAUGGGAAUCAACAUGCCUGCCAAGACAGUGGUCUUUACGAACACCCGCAAGUGGGACGGCAUCGAGUAUCGGAUCCUGCAUGCGGGUGAGUACAUCCAGAUGAGCGGUCGCGCAGGUCGGCGAGGGAAGGAUGAUCGUGGCUUGACCAUUAUCAUGUUUGACGAGAAAGUGGAACCUGAAGUGGCGAAGGAGAUGUUCUUGGGCCAGUCCUCGAAGAUCUUCAGUGCCUUCCACCUAGGCUACAACAUGCUCAUCAACCUUCUCCGCCUCGAGGGUGCAGACCCAGACUACAUGAUCCAGCGGAGCUUCCACCAGUUUCAGAAGGACAAAGGCGCCUUGGAGCUCCAGAGCAAGAAGCAAGACUUGGAAACUGAGCUGAACAACCUCGAGGAUAUCCGCGCAGCUGUCAGUGACGAUGCUGUGUACUCUUUCAACGUGGACGAGGCCAUUGCAGACUACUACUACAUUGACAAGCAGCUCAAGAAGAAGCAGGAGGAAAAGCGAGAGAUCGUUGUCCGCCCCGAGAACAUCGCGCCCUUCCUCAAUCCAGGGCGCCUGGUCUACAUGCGCGAUGGGGACACUGACUGGGGCUGGGGCAUCCUCGUCAGUGCUUCCAGAAAGAAGCUCACAGGCGACAACGGCAACUCCGUCCUGGAGGCGGAGGAGUCUGAGCCGCAGUGGGUGCUCGACACCUUCAUGCCUUGCGAGCCUGGAGCGGAGAAGCCGCAGCCAGCGAAUGGAGGGAAGCCCGAGGGCAAGAUUUUGCCGAUGGCCCUCACGCUGGUCAGCAAAAUCAGCAAGAUCCGCUCCAACAUGCCGACCGGGGAUCCCGAGUCGGAAGACUCACGGAGGGCCUUGUUGAAGACCCUGCAGCAAAUCAAGAACCACAAGACCUUCAAGCUUGGCAUCCCGGAACUCGACCCGGUUGUUGAGAUGAACAUCCAGUCCGAGGAGAUGAACAGCGUGUUGUCCAGCCUCAAGGACCUGGAGUCGAAGCUCACAGCGAACAACUUCCAUAAGCACGAGAAGCUGAAGCAGUACUACGACUGCUUCUCAUCGAAGGUCAGACUUCACAGCCAGGUGCAAGAGUUGGACAAGCAGAUCAACCAGAGCCGCUUCAUGGUCAUGAACGACGACCUUCGUGCCAUGAGGAGAGUUCUUCGGAGGCUGGAGUUCAUCGACAAGGAUGGCGUUGUACAACUGAAGGGCCGGAUGGCCUGUGAAAUCACGAGCUGCGACGAAGUCUUGAUGACAGAGAUUGUCUUCCAGAAUGUCUUCGCAGACAUCGAUGCCAACAACAUCAUCGCUUUGUGCUCCUGCUUGGUUUUCGACGAGAAGUCGGAAGAUCCGAUCACGAACAACCUCGACCUCAUGAAGGCCUUCGAAACCUGCAAGGGCAUCGCGCGGAAUGUCGCCGAGGUGAUGGUCGAGAACAAGAUUCCUUUGGACGUGGAGGAGUCCGGACAACAACUCUACGAGCAUGUACAGCGCGGUUGCCCUGCAGCUUCCGUUGAAGAAGUUGCCACGAACAUAGUGAGACAGACAUAG